AUGCAAAUUUUCGUAAAGACCCUUACCGGUAAGACUAUCACCUUGGAGGUGGAGUCUUCCGACACUAUUGACAACGUCAAGUCCAAGAUUCAGGACAAGGAGGGAAUUCCUCCUGACCAACAGCGUCUGAUCUUUGCUGGUAAGCAAUUGGAGGAUGGUAGAACUUUGUCUGACUACAACAUCCAAAAGGAGUCUACUUUGCACUUGGUCCUUAGAUUGAGAGGUGGUGGUAAGAAGAAGAAGAAGAAGAACUACACCACCCCAAAGAAGAUCAAGCACAAGCACAGAAAGGUCAAGUUGGCUGUCUUGAACUACUACAAGGUUGAUGACGAUGGAAAGAUCGAGAGAUUGAGAAGAGAGUGCGACACCUGUGGUGCUGGUAUCUUCAUGGCCAACAUGAGUGACAGACAGUACUGUGGUAAGUGCCACACCACCAUCAAGCUUUCUAAAUAA